GUCUCUGGAGGAGUCUGUCUCUAAGCCGGUGUGUCUGGUGUUCAGGAACCUGGUUCUGAUGCAGGAGGACAACAGUGGGUUCUCUGUUCUGCUGGACAUGCUGGCAGAGUUCUACCAGAAGCAGCCUAAGAUCGGGUAUCACCUGCUGUACUACCUGAAGGCCAGUAAAGCGGCGAAUGGGAAGAUGAUGCUGUACGAGUCGUUCGCCCAGGCCACGGCUCUCGGGGACCUGCACACCUGCCUGAUGAUGGACAUGAAGGCGUGUCAGGAGGACGAUGUGAGGCUGCUCUGUUACCUGACCCCCUCCAUCUACUCUGAGUUCCCUGAUGAGACGCUGAGGAGUGGAGAGCUGCUCAACAUGAUCGUGGCCGUCAUCGACUCCACACAGUUACAGGAGCUGAUGUGUCAUGUGAUGAUGGGAACACUGGUGAUGUUCCGGAAGGACUCGGUCCUCAACAUCCUCAUCCAGUCUCUUGACUGGGAGACCUUCGAGCAGUACAGCACCUGGCAGCUGUUCCUGGCUCACAGCAUCCCUCUGGAGACCAUCAUCCCCAUCCUGCAGCACCUCAAGUACAAAGAACAUCCAGAGGCUCUGUCCUGUCUGCUGCUUCAGCUGCGCAGAGAGAAGCCCAGUGAUGAGCUGGUGAAGAUGGUUCUGAGCCGGCCCUGCCACUCGGAGGAUCAGUUCACCACCAGCCUGCUGAGGACCUGGGCCUCCAAGCAGGACGACAGCCUGGGAGAACACAUCAAGAACCAGCUGAUCAAGAACAACAACCAGCCGCGCAAGAGACAGAGUCUGCGCAGCUCCAGCAGUAAACUCGCUCAGCUGACUCUGGAACAGAUCCUGGAGCACAUGGACAACCUGAGGCUGAGCCUGAGCAACACCAAGAACAACUUCUUCUCUCAGACGCCCAUCCUUCAGGCUCUGCAGCACGUCCAGGCCAGCUGUGAUGAAUCUCACAAGAUGAGGUUCAGUGACCUGUUCUCCCUGGCUGAGGAGUACGAGGACUCUCAGUCUAAACCUCCUAAGUCUCGCCGUAAAGCUCCCGCCUCGUCGCCUCGAUCCCGAAAAGGAGCGGCGCCGCCCUGCAACCCCGAGGAGGAGAGCGCCUCCAGCAGCGCCUCCGAGGAGGAGGACUCAAAGCCCAAAGCUCCGAAGAGGAAGAGGAAAGGCUCGUCGGCCGUCGGCUCUGACAGCGACUGACGGACCAAUCACAAGCCAGAGAGCGCUCUGACCACUGGAAGUAGCCCUGCCCCCUCCCGGUGACACGCUGCGGGGGGGGGCGGGGCACCAUGAGACAGUUUCCAUGGAGACGAGGACUCGCCGCAGGUCAAAGGUCGCCGUGUGGCGCCGGCCGAUCUUCCAUGGUGCACCUGGGGGAGGCAGCAGCAAAGACUGAUUUUAACUAAUGAUGAAGAUGAUGACGAAGAGGCGGGAUUGUGGUUACUUUGUUUUUUCUGGACGGGGGGAUUUGGACUCUUAUUGUGGAGGAUCCUGACUUCCUGCUGUUUUUAGCAGUUCCUUGUUUGUUUGUCCCGCUGCAGUAAAAUCAUCAUGAACUCUU